ACAACAACAGCAACAACAACAACAACAACUAUACAAAUUUUCUUCAGUUCCUUCGCCAUUAUUGUGUGUUGUUUAGUGUGCCAUUGACGCUGAAUGCUAACGGUUCGCGUUGCCUGCCUGCCGCCGCCAAAGCGCUGACAAAAUAUAAAAAAAAAAAAUACAAAAUAAACGUAGCACAACUAGUGGGGCCAAGUGUAAAGCGCUUAAUAAGCCCUAACUAUAACAACUAUUUCCGUAAAUCACUUGGCAUUUCAAUUCAGAUUCUAAUCGACGACUAUUUCUGCCCACUUUGAUUUGCAUUGUGUAAUCUCCAUUUGGUUGCUUGCAUUUUGAGUGCAUUAACUAAAAAGUAUUUAAAGAGAAAUCAGGAAUAUUAUUAAGUGAAAUCGAUUUUUAGUUGCGGCGGCCCGGCCAUGUCGUUUCUGUCGCCAACGCUGCGCAUGGAAAAUCUGUCAACGGUGCCCAUCAUGAGUCUGGAUCAUGUGCCCGAGGCGCAGCGCUACAACAAAGACAACAUCGUCGCCCAAUGGUGUGCGCCCAUCAAUGGCAAGAUGUAUCGCAUCGAACUGGAGCACGGCACCACAAGUGGACGCCGCAUGAUCUGGGUCAAUGGUCGGGAAGUGCUGCGUCGCGAUUGGAUGUUUAAAUUGGUGGGCGAGGAUACGUUUGACAUAGAUCAGGCGCGCUGCAUUAUACGGGUCGAUCCAGCGCCAGGCUUCAAGUACGAGUAUUCACUGUACAUAGACGGCAAACCGCAUGCCCAGUACACCGAGGAGCUGACACGUCAGUAUCGCCUGUGGCUCUGCACCUGUGGCAGCGGCAGCGGCGGCGGCGGCGGCAGCGAGCAGGCCGGGUCAACGGAUGCGCCGCAGGAAUACCGCAUUAUGCUCAAGCUGGACACGCUGAGUUUGUAUGUGAACGAUGAGCUGCGCGAGGAGACGGCCGUCUUUGUGGAGGGCGGCACCGACACCAGCUUCGUGCUGCAGGACACACCAUUUGUAUUGCAGGCACGCUCCAGCGGCAACAAACACGACGGCAUCGUUCACACACUGCUCGUUAACGGGAUGCCCGUGCCGGAAGCAAAGAUACAGCAAAUCAUGCAGGAACCCGUCUCCAUACUGCAAACUAACUGAAGUCUCCUAGUAAUCAGAAACCAAAAACAAAAAGGGAUCACAAUUUGCAUUUGUUCAUAUAUCCUGCGGCUAAUAUGCAUGUUAAUUGCAAAUGUUUUAUAUCCCAACCCCUCCCAGCCGCUCCCAGCCCAUCAACAUAAUGAAGUUGAAAGUGUUAAAAGUUUUACUUACACAAUAAUUUAUUCGUUCGUUUAUAUGCAUAAUUGUAACGCAAAUCGCAAAUCGUUUACGUUCUCAAUUUCAUUUGACAUUUUGCUAGCAUUCAAAGUACUCAAAGUGCAUUUAGUAUAAAAAUGAGAAAACACAAGAUACAAAUAACAGAUGAAUAAAUAAAUGUAUCAAAAAACAGCGUGUGGCAAUAGGCAUACAAAUAUUACUAAAG